GAACGAAGAGAGAAAAAGAGGUCGAAAAGACUCCAAGGGGUUCAGAGCAUCAUGUCUAGUAAGUGAAGCGGUGGCAAUGGAAGGGAAAGGCCCAUACCGCAUCUACGAUCCAGGCGGGAUUGAGGCCAAGGCCAGAGAAGAGGCUGGAGGUGGAAGCAGCUACCGACAGCUACUGGAGGAGAACAGUAUAUUGAGGGAGAGGAUGAAGGGACUAAAGAGCUUAGGUGACCUACUAGAGGAGUCUCAGUCAGAGGCAUCAAGGCUCCGUCAGAGGGUAGAGGAGCUGGUUAGAGACAACGAGGCCCUCAAGUCCUCAAGCUUUGCCACCAGUCUGUGUGUUGGGGGGCCUGCUCAAACUGAGAAACAGAGUAAACCACAUGGGCAUCCCAGUACUGACCAAAGGGAGGAACAGCCAUGCCCUUUGGGGAAUGCUCUCCAUCCUGAGAAGCCCAAUGAGGCUUUGUCUGAAUAUGAGGUGGUGAAUGUAGAAGAAAAGACUCCAGAUUCCCAAACUGCAGGAGCAAUGGCAAGAACGGGAGUAAUUCCUGUCCUGCCACAGGAAAACAUGGAGCUAGCUAGCCAGCUACAGAGAUUGGAGAGUUCCUUCAGCAUUUUUGCAGAGGAGUCCAAUCCAAACCAGCUGUUGGCCCACCUUGGCCGCAUGGCUGUUGAGUUCCACCAUCUUUCCUCAAAGGUUCAGAAGAAUGAGCAGAGGACCUCUCUCCUACAGACACUUUGUGAGCAGCUCAGGCAGGAAAACAAUGAGCUUCGUAAGAAAAUGGAAGAGGAUCAUCAAUUCAGGAAUAGAGACUUGGAACAGCUGAGACAGGAGAAUCAGAAACUGAAGGAACUGGUAACAGGAGGGACAGCGGCAGCAGCAGUUGUUGCACCAGCUAUUCCAGCUGACACUGAAAAUACAGAGGGUAAAGAGGAGCCUGUGAAAGAGGAGUCUCCCGGCGUAAGAUCCAAGAUGGAGGUCACCACACCGCAGAAGAGUGGGAAAGCUGCAGAAAAAACUCCGACAAAGCCUUGUGACCUGGAGGUGUAUGAAAAGAAGAUCAAGCUACUGGAGAAGCAGAGAAAGGAUGUACUAGAGGUGAACAAGCAGUGGGACAUUCAGUGGAACUCCAUGAAGUCACAGUUCGAACAGAAGAUCACAGACCUGAGGCAGCGACUGGCGGAUUCCCAGAAGACUGUGCUAGAGCUUGAGGCAGAAAGAGAGCAGAGGCAGCGAGAUUAUGACAAGAAGCUGCUGCUGGCCAAGUCGAAGAUUGAGAAUGUUCAGGGGGAGAAAGAGUGUCUGAACUCUGAGACUGCUGAGCUAAAGCAGAAGAUUCGCUACCUGCAAGACCAGCUGCUGCCCUUAAGCAAACAGAGGGAGUACCAAGAAAAGGAGAUCCAGCGCCUCAACAGGGCUUUAGAGGAGGCCCUGAACUUGCACUCCCCCUCCUCCUCCCAGCAGCCACCUGGCCAGGGUAACCAUGGCGAUGCUACCAGCAACCUAAAGAAGCAGGAAUUGCUCACUCAAAUAGCAGUGCUAAAGGAACAGGUGAAGAUCUUUGAGGAGGACUUCAGAAAAGAGAGGAGUGACAGGGAGCGAAUGAAUGAGGAAAAAGAGGACCUGAGGCGGCAGGUGGAGAGACUACAGGGUCAGAUGACUAAUUUAACCAGCCAGCUUCACCAGGCGCAGAAUGAGUGUCAGAGAGAACGCACAGAAAGAUGUAAGCUGGAGAGACUGCAGAUGCAACACCACAAACAGGGGCAGCAGCAGGAAAGACGUACCUCAGACCCCACAUCAGGCUCUGUGAAUGGCCCGCUGAGCCCUCCCUACUGUGGUCCCUUUGUGCAGGUGGGACCGCAGGGCCUAGAGGGCUGGCCCAUACACUUCCCUCCUCGGAUGCCCAAUGCAGCAGGAGCAGCAGCAGCAGCGGCAGCAGCAGUACCUCCUCCUGGACGAGACUUCCAGCCUGUUAUCCCGGGAUUUCCCUGGCAGUCAUCUUUCCCACAACCUAGAGGGACCAGAGGAUCUGGGGAGAGCUCAAGACCACCACCAGAGAAUGCAGAUCAGUCCACAGCAACAGGAUUUGGAAAAAGGGAGCGACAGAAUAUUGAUCCUGGAAAGCACUAAAAGUAUCACCGUUGCCACCCAAUGGAGCUUGGGUAGUAGCAUGAAUCAGUUUGUUUUGAGUUGACAAGGUGUGGUUUGAACUAUAAUUUUCCUACUGAACUGUAGAUAUCCUAUUGUAAUGUUGUUUAUAAUUGCGUUUUAUAAGCCUAUUUGUGAAACACUGUUUUCGUUAUUCUGAAUAUUUACAUGAAAUAUUAUUUAGAUUUUUUUAUCUAUUAUUUUUUGAGACUCAAUCUGCUUCGUAUGAUUCUAUGCAGGAACCGGUCUUUUGUUAAAUAUUUGGAAAUUAUCAGCUUUUUUUUUUUAUCCAGACAAUAUACCUAUGUGAUAUUCUCUGCAAAUAUGUAACAACUUUACAUAACCAGUUUGUUACUUGUAGAGUUAAAGGAAGCCAUUCUCCAAUAAGAAUAAGACCACAUAUAUUCAUUCCUACAAUGAAUGAUUAUAUAGGUACAUUGAAUCAUAGAAAUUGUAAUGUGAAUGUUAUUUCAUUUAUGAUAAUUUCUUCAGUACCAUCGAUGUUAUAGACAUGUCCCAUACGUGUAACUGUUCAAAGUGAUUGUUGAAAUACUAAAAUUUUUGGGAAAUGAGUUUUGAUGGCAUCAUGCCAAAAUCAUGAUUGUGGUUAUUGAUAAUUUAUUUAUAUUCUACUAUUUUGAUAGUUGCAUUGACUAAGUGUAAAUCAUUGUCUUUAGUAAUGCUGUUCUUUCUAUGUUGUAAGUGUAAUCCCAAUAUAUUGUAGCUAUUGACAUUGUAUGUUUGUAUCAGACACACAAUACACAACCUACCAUAGACACAUAAACAAAUUUUUUUCCCAACUCUAAUGGACCUAAUCUCAUUAAAUGCCACCCUUUUAGUUUACAACAGUUGAUUUUAAUAAUUUGAUCACUGUACUAAUAUUCAGGCACAUCUUAUAGCAUCCCAUACUUUUUGCCCUCAAUUCAGCCCUGGCAUAUUAAGGGGACUAAAUUCAGUCAGGAAGUACACCACCAAUAGAUACCAUGGCUGGCUACCUCUCCUAAUUUCUAACAGUUGGCUACUACAUGUUGAAUGACACAUUUAGUGUGCUGCAAAUGUUAAAGAACCGCUUCCACUUGUCUCAAUCUGAAAAAUUUUUGCAAAUUUUUUUUUUUCAAGCGACGAGAAGAGGAAGCUUUUUACCAGUAUUCAGAGCCCCAGACCUAGUGUCACAGCAGUACUACCACCCCUUGGAGAAAACCUCUGCCAGGACGUCUGGCUUUGCUUUGUAUACACCUCAGUGACCAGCAACACACGCCUU